GCUCCCUACCAAACGACAGGAUGGAUGAAGAAACGAUAUCCUGUUCGAACACGCAGGAUGAAGAAACGAGACGCAGACGAUGAUGACAGCGAUGGUGCUAGGGCAACGACGAUGGAGAUGGUGACGGUGCGAUGGAGAUGGAGAUGGCGACGAAGCUGGCGAUCGAGAUGGCGAUGGCUAUGGCGACGUGCGAAGGACAUGGUGCCAUGCACGUGACCAUGGACAUGGCGAUGGCGAUGGCGAUGACAUGGCGAUGGUGUGAUGAAGAUGGCGAUAAAGAUGUCGAUGGAGAUGGCGAUGGAGAUGGCGAUGGAGAUGGCGAUGGAGAUGGCGAUGGAGAUGGCGACGAAGAUGGGGAUGGAGAUAACGAUGAAGAUGGCGAUGGAGAUGGACAUGGCGAUUGUGCGAUGGAGAUGGCGACGAAGAUGGCGAUGGCUAUGGCGACGUGCGAAGGACAUGGUGCGAUGCACGUGACCAUGGCCAUGGCGAUGGAGAUGGCGAUGGUGUGAUGGAGAUCGCGAUGGUGCGAUGCACAUGACGAUGGACACGUGUCGAUGGACACAUGGCGAUGAAGAUGGCGAUGGUGUGAUGGAGAUGGAGAUGGCGAUGGAGAUGGCGGCGAAGAUGGCGAUGGAGAUGGCGAUGAAGAUGGCCAUGGUGUGAUGAAGAUGGCGAUGGUGUGAUGAAGAUGGCCGUGACGAUGGUAAUAGAGAUGGCGAUGAAGAUGCAGAGUGAAACGACUCGCCAUUCCGUGGGGAGAACGACGGCGGUGAAUUUUUAUUUUUAUUUUUUUUGGGGGGGAGGGAACGAUGGCGGCGGAGGUGUUAUGCGGAGAACGAAGGAAACCGAAAAAACCGGAGGACCGGUUAAAAUCAAUCACCAAAAAAAAA